UGACAGGUAGGGACCUCGCUCAAUUGUUGCAGGAAGUUGGAAGUUGCGCAUGAAGACUAGCUGAGCACUAUGGCGCCUCUAGAUCUGGAUAAAUACGCAGAGAUUGCAAAACAGUGUAAAUACCUCCCAGAAAAUGACCUCAAGAGGUUAUGUGACUACGUGUGUGACCUUCUGCUGGAGGAGUCCAACGUUCAGCCCGUUUCCACUCCUGUGACAGUAUGUGGUGACAUACAUGGACAGUUUUAUGAUCUUUGUGAACUCUUCCGAACUGGCGGCCAGGUUCCGGACACAAAUUACAUCUUUAUGGGUGACUUUGUCGACCGAGGAUAUUACAGUUUGGAGACGUUCACCUACCUGCUGGUACUGAAAGCCAAAUGGCCCGACCGCAUCACACUUCUACGUGGAAACCACGAGAGCAGACAGAUCACCCAAGUUUAUGGCUUUUACGAUGAGUGCCAGACCAAGUAUGGGAAUGCAAAUGCCUGGCGUUAUUGCACCAAAGUGUUCGAUAUGUUAACAGUUGCGGCUCUGAUGGACGAGCAGAUCCUGUGUGUCCACGGAGGCCUCUCCCCAGACAUAAAAACUCUUGAUCAGAUUCGAACCAUUGAGCGGAACCAGGAGAUCCCCCACAAAGGAGCGUUCUGUGACCUGGUGUGGUCAGACCCUGAAGACGUGGACACUUGGGCCAUCAGCCCCAGAGGAGCUGGUUGGCUCUUUGGUGCAAAGGUCACAAAUGAGUUUGUCCACAUCAACAACCUGAAGCUGAUCUGCAGGGCACAUCAACUUGUCCACGAAGGCUACAAGUUCAUGUUUGACGAGAAGCUGGUCACAGUGUGGUCGGCUCCUAACUACUGCUAUCGCUGUGGCAACAUCGCCUCCAUCAUGGUCUUCAAAGACGCUAACACAAGAGAGCCAAAGCUCUUCCGAGCAGUGCCUGACUCUGAAAGAGUCAUUCCACCGCGAACAACAACACCCUAUUUCCUGUAAGCACAUAAAAAAACAGCGCAGCCAUUUGUUCAGUGCACAGAUGUUUACUGGGACAGUGGCAUCAGCACUUGUGAACCCAUAUGAAUUUUGUAUUGUGCAUUUUGAGUAUUUGCAGUGCAUUUCUUAGUGCCAACUGUCAAUUGUUAUUCCCACUCUGGCAUUUAAUGUCGUUAUUCUGCAGCUUAAAUCCCACUGAGAUAAUGCAGCAACAGAAGUUGGCCCUAGCAGAAUUGAUGUGCUGUUGAAAUGUUACAGAGGAAGGAUUAAAAUGACAAAAGUCAACUGACCCUUGUAAGAUGUUCAUAUUUAUAAAUCUCGAUUUUUACUUUACCAUAGAAAUUCAUUCUGCUGAGCAAAUUGCAGGUGCAGUAUUAUAUACAAUGUUUGAUUUCAUUUUGUUAUGGUAAUGCAUUAGAGCUGGAUGUUAGAUAGUAAAGCACUGCACACAAACACAUCUAUUCCGACAAAUUUCAAUGGCGUUAUAGAUUUAUUGUUAUCAUAUGAUCUUAUAAAUAAACAUGUAAACCUUAGAGUUGAUGUGUAAAAAAUGUACUAUAUCCAUUCGAGAUUUCUGUAUUAAGCCUGUGGUACCUUUUUAAAGUGCUCAUAUUCUGCU